AUCCACAAAUGUAAUCAGUCAGCGUUUCGCCACCAGUCGGUGCAGUUACACCAUGAUGGGUACCGGCGGUAGAGUGAACCUGUUUUGCAUUUUAAUGCUUCUGCUUUGUGCUGCCACCGGCUUUGUGCGUAUUGUGCAGGCAGCAUCCAGUCCAUCCGAUCCCCAUUAUUGGGCUGGCGUGGUCGAGUUUAGUUCGGAGCGAACUACCGAAACGGUGGAAGCCAGCACAGCCCGCCGGUUGGCCGAGUACCUAUCGAUCAUCGCUUCAGAUGCAGCGACCAAUACCGACGUGCUGGUGUUUCCCGAGGGGACACUGAAUAGCCACGCGACCGCUUCGUUUGUACCGAAUCCGGCCGAUAAGAUUGCACCGUGCAACAAUCUGGAAUACGAGCCGGUUGUGCGUGAUGUCUCGUGUGCGGCGCGCAACGCGAAGAAGUACGUGCUGAUCAACCUGACCGAGAAGGCCCGCUGUCCGGAGGGCAUCGAUUCGCGACCCUGUGCACCCAAUGGCCUGUACCAUUUCAACACCAAUGUGGCGUUCGAUCGGAACGGUGUCGUGGUGUCACGCUACCGGAAGUUCAAUCUGUUCGGUGAGGCUGGCACCAACACCACCGUCUAUCCGGAGAUCGUUAGCUUCGAGACGGACUUUGGUGUACGGUUUGGGCACUUUAUUUGCUUCGAUUUGAUGUUUAACCAGCCAGCCCUGGAGCUCGUAGAGUUGGGCAUUACGGAUUUCAUCUUUCCCACGAUGUGGUUCUCGGAGCUGCCCUUCCUCACUGCAUCUCAAAUACAGCAAGGAUGGGCCUUCUCGAACAACGUGAAUCUACUAGCGGCUGGUGCUAGCUUUCCGCUGGUUGGUAGCACGGGAACCGGUAUUUACUCCGGUAGACGUGGGGCCAUAACCACCGUCAUGCACUACGAACCUGAAACGAAGUUGUACGUCGCUCGGGUACCGAAGAUCCAGUUCCCGGAUGCCACGAUCACCAAAAUACCCCAGCCGGCCGGUACACCAUCUCAAAUGGCCAAGCUCUUUCUGAAGCGAGAUCAGAUCGAUAGCUACGUAACGAAGGACCUUCCAUGGACCUCGAACACGCAGCUGAUCGAGAGUGUUUGCUACGGUAGUUUCUGCUGCAACUUUACGAUCAAUUACACCGUCAAGCAAGUUCUGGCGAACCAGAACUACUAUCGGUACAAACUGGCGGCCUACGAUGCCGGACGAACAUUCGAUGGCUUUGCCAACGGUAAUAUAACUACUUGUGCAAUAUUUGCCUGCUCGACGGCAAACUAUACAGACUGUUCGCAGCGAUUUGGUGAAGCGGCCCAGUACGAGGAAGCCGUCACCUUCAACGCUAUCACGAUCGUGGCCAAGUUCCCCAACAAUCGGGAUACUUUCGUUCUGCCGAAUAACGUCGACACCAGCAUACUGCCACUGGAUGUCACGGAAACGGAGUACAGCGUCGUUCCUAGCACGGGGGAUAGCAAGCCACAUAACAUCAUCACCUACAAGCUGAUCAAUCCACGAUCGAACCUCUUCACGUUCGCGAUCUGGUCACGUGUGUUCGAAUCGAUCAGUUCCGAUGGUGUUUCUCUGUUUGGAACGGUUUCACCGUUAGUAUUGAUCGCCGCUGUUUGGGGUGUGCUGACAAACUCGUGGAGAUUCUAAUGACGACCUGGCUUUACCACGCCUUUCUUGUUUCCCGUAGCGAGGAAAACAUUCAUAAAACGGAGCUGUAGGUUGCGGGAAGUUGACGAGAACAUGGGCCAAUCAUCCAUCCAUUCAUAGCUCUUUUCAUCACUCGGAAACAUUCGCUGGAAUAAAGAUUAUCACCACCAAGCCUGAAAACUCUAGUCUUCCAACAGGACGCCCAA